CUGUCUUCAGAACUACACUCCUUGCAGAGCCAGCGAGUACCUGGAAGCAGAGACCAGCUCCAAGUUGCUUGCGGGCAAGCCUCGUCCCAGGGAAAUGGCACGACUCGCCCCAGCAGUGAGCGCGCUUUUGCUGCUCGUGUCCGUCGGCACUUCGGAAGAGUUUGAGCUGGAGGACAUUGUGCCAGAUCAUGAAGUUGCCGCACAGAUUGGUACUAAGCUGGUACUACGUUGCCGCAGCAAUGGCUGUAACUCCCCACAUUUCUCCUGGAGAACCCAGCUGGACAGCCCAUUGGGUGGGGUUGCAUACCAAGCAGGAAACAGUUCAGUCUUGACAAUAGAGUCUGUGGGUUUUCAACAUGAGAAUAACUAUCUCUGCAAUGCUGCUUGUGGGCCCGAGAAGAAAGAAAAGAGAGUCAAGAUUGACAUUUAUUCAUUCCACAGAGAUCCUAUUAUUAAGAUCAGUGGCCCACUGGUUCUUGGGAAACCAGCUAAAGUCACUUGCAUUGUUCCUGACGUGUAUCCUUCUGACCGGCUGGAGGUAGUCCUGAAGACAGAGAAUAUUCUCAACAGAAAAGAAUUCUUUGAAGAGUCAUCUGUCCGAGAAGUACAGACAAAAAAUGUGGAUACUGUCUUUACUCCUAUGGAGGGAGAUAUUGGAAAACAGAUCACAUGCACCGCCGAACUGCCAAUUGAAGAAAUGACGUUUGACCCCAAACAGAGGCUUGCAACACAUCUACUUGAUAUACACUAUGGCCCCAGGAAUACAUACAUCACUGCAUCUCCAGGCCUCACUCUGCUGGAAGAGAACAUGCUGACGCUCACCUGCGUGACUGAUAGUCACCCACCCGCAAAUAUUGUGUGGAAGAAGGAGUUGGCGAACAAAACCGUGCGGUUUCUUGGAGAAGGUCACAAUUACUCCAUCCCAAAAGUUCAGCUCAGUGACACGGGCACCUACAUCUGUGAAGUCACAAAUAACAGCACAAAUGAAGUGGAAACAAAACCAGUGUCUAUCUCUGUACAAGGUGCCCCCAGACAUCUCAGCUUCUCCAUUCAUCCUGCCACAACAGUGCAAGAAGGAGAAAGUGUUACUUUGCGGUGCUCUGCAGAGAGCAACCCCGCAGCCAGGAUCACCAUAAGGAAGAAAACGCCUGGCCAGAACAAGCUACUUGACAGCCAGGGCGGAUCUGUCCACAUCCUAAGUGUGACUCCUGAUGCUGCAGGAGACUAUGAGUGUGACGUGAAGAAUGAAUUUGGGGAAAGCAAAACAUUAAGAACUCUAAGGGUAGAAUAUGGGCCAAGGAACACAACGAUCAGUGUCACUCCUUCUAACACAGUGAAGGAAGGUGAAACUGUAACUAUGGUUUGCUCCACUUAUGGAAAUCCCACUCCAAAGGUUUCCUGGAAAAAACAGCUAGUAAAUGGAGAUUCACAGCUUAUUCAGAAAACUGCUACCUUAACCAUAAAGAAUGCUCGUGCUGAAGAUAAUGGACGUUAUUGGUGUGAAGCAGUUAAUCUGUUUGGAAAACACAGGAAUGCAGCGGAAAUUACCAUUCAAGUCUCUUCACCAGCUACUCCAGCAUUAAUUGAUCAUCCUGAAGGUUAUACUGAAGUAGGUUUCACUAUUAAGCAUACAACUGACAGCUCUCAAGAUCAAGAUGCUGAUAUAAAAGAAAAUACUAAAAACUAUACAAUCUCACUUGACAGUAUUUCAAGCGGUACAGAAGAGACAAAAAUAAUGAUAGCCAAAAUAAAAGAAUCCAAUUACGUGAUUCCUGUGAUCAUUAUGGUUUGUUGUUUAGCAACAGCAGCAGUUCCUGUGAUAGCAGUUUUGUUUUACAUCUCUAAGAAGACAAAGGCCAAUGGAUUCUACAGUCUUGUAAGCUCACUGAAGCCUCAAGUGUAAGAAAAAGAGCCGUAGCUACACAUUUUCUGCAAUUUUACCAGUGGGUAACAUGUAUUUCUUUGAAAUCUCAAUGGCCUUUCUCCUGACAACUCAGGGUGCAAAGCAUUGAUUUGUUCUGCUUUGGAAAGACCAUAAACCAAAAUCACACCAUUUCAGGUGAUGCUGAGGAGCCAGUGUGCUGAAGCAGUGGCUAGUAUGUUGGCGUGGGAAGGCUCGGCUUUGUCCCCGCUCCCGAGAGUGAUCACUGGGUGAUCUCGGGCCAGUUGCUAAGGGUGCUUCUUGGGCAGGCUUUAAUUCCGCAAUCACCUUGGCUUAAGAGCAGGUGUUUAUGAGGGGCCUAAAUAACACUGUAUUCCAUCAGUAGCCCUCUUGUGAUUUUACUAUGACAGAAAAACCAAAAACAAUUAAAGAGGGUAAAUAGUUGCACAGUGCAUUUUGAUUUGUAGUGCUAGGUGAUGUCUGCCCAGAAGCACCCUAUUUUUUUUAGGCUAGCCUACCUCACAGGGUUGUUGUGAGGAUAAAAUGAAGUAGGGCAAUAUGUGCUACCUAAGGUUCUUGGUGAACUUUAAAGACAUCUGGCAAACCACUUGAACUGGAGUAGGGGUGGAGAAGCAGUAACUGCUCACAGAAGAAUUGUUCACUUUUGAGUAGAACUGCUUUCAAAGAAGGAAAUCCUGGAAACAUUGGUUUUUCCCUGUACAUAAGGUAUAACUUCCUGAAUAGAUGUCAGACAGAGUUGAACCUUUUAGUUUACAGACCUUCAAUAGCCUACUACUUCAUGGGGGAGGAGGCUGUCUGGCUGCAAGCCUUGUGGACUUGUGUUCCCUCCUGCACCAAAGAAGCCAUGGCUGCAUUUAGCAGUUGCUGUGGAGCUUGGGCAGGCAGAGGUCUUGCGCCCAUCCUGCUCGAGGGAUCCUUGGGGCAGCUGGUUUGCCACCAUGUGUACAGCCUGAUCCAGUGUAGCUUUUCUUAUGUUUUGACUUCUGCAUAUAGUCAAUUUAUUCUACAAGUAACAGAACAAUAUUUGUGCCAUUGUUCCGAGAACAACAUGGUGUGUUUGUAUUAUUGUGGAGCAUUUUUUUUCACUAGGAAGUCAUUCAAUUCAAGCUGACCAUUUUAAAUCCCCACUGAUUUCAAUAAGAAAUAUUUUAAAUGAGCCCUUCUUUUUUGAGAUCAUGAGUGCUUUCAAGGUGCUUCAUUGUGACAGAAAGCAGUGUCUUCAAUAAAAUAUGUUAAUGGCACCUUCGUUAUAUAGAUACCCCUCCUCCACAGUCAUUGGUAGUAAUAUAAUCCAGCUACAUCACUGUGAUCUAAAGUUCUGUGAAAAGGACUAGGGAAUUCUGAUGGAGAUCUCUCAGUACCCUUUGAAAUUAUAGAUCCAAGAUUCCUUUACAGCACUUAAGCUGGUAUAAAACUGACCUAAGUUUGUAAGGUAAGCAUGUUCUUUGAUUCAUGCCUGAUGCUGAGCCAAAUUAAGGCUGCAAUGCUAUGCACACUUAAAAGGGGGGCAUAUUUCGCUGCACUCAGACCCUACUCUGAGUAAGUAUAGUUAUAAGCAUGUUGCACAGGGUCUUCCACCCAUGACUGGAACAGUUAAGGGUUUAGAUUUUACAAGAUUUAUUUUAAACUAUUAAACCACUAAAUUGACAUUCAAAAUUGACUUUGAGAGAUGUAUUUCACAAAAAACUUGUUGUAUACUUGUAUACCUGAAACUGCCAUGUAGCUUCUGCUAGAGGAAUAUGUUUAUCCUCAUUUUAAGAUGUGGGUGGGGGUGUGAAUCAAAACACAAGUUCAUGUUGUUGGUACUUUUACUUCUUGCACAGUAUUAUUUAAAUAUGUUUGUAAUAACAGCUUUCUUCUGUGAAAUAGAAUGUUUGUGUUUACAUAGGGGAACAUGCAAUGUAGAUUCUCCUUUGGCUGGAUGGUGAAGUUGCCCAAAUGCUUUAACCAGAUGAUGUAUGAUCAACUUAGUAAAUAAAUCUUACUUUAUAA